ACGUCGUUCGAUUCCCGUGCUCUCUGCGUGCUGUUGCCCGUAAAGGACGGUUUUCCUGACCGCCGAGGACCUUCGUGUUGGUGUGUGUGUGCGUGCGUGCGUACGUGCAUGUACGUGUGAGCGUGUGUGUGUGUGUGUGGACCAAACAAACCCGAAGGAAGGAAGCAGAACGAGCGAGAUUGCACACGUGCUUCACGUCCUUACCAACUCAACAGUGUGUGCGUGCUUGUUAGUGUGUUUGCCCUUAUACUACACCCCGCGUGUGUAUGUAAGAAGGGUCCUGUACAUCCUGAAAAGUGGAGUGGUAGUGGUGGUGGUAGUGGUGGUGGUAGUAGUAGCACCCACACCGAAGCGCAAAAAGGGAAUGUGAGGACCCCUUUGCGUUAGGGUCCGCGCGGAAGACGCUUCGGCUCAUGGUGGUAGAUGAUGAUGAUGAUGAUGGUGUUGGUCGUGUUGAGCGCAUUCAGUGUGUAAUCUCCCAGCGGUAGGUAAGGCAGUAAUUGUAACUCACCCUUUUUCUUGAUGGAGGCGCCUGGCCGUUGGUAGCACUGACGAUGAGUGUAAAGUUAUUCCCCAAGGAUGUGAGAUUGGGGCUUGUUGAAUGAAAAAUAAAGGCAAAAGUGAAAAUAUAAGUGCCGUUCGGGUGGGAGAAAAAAAAUGACGGUGAAAAUUGUAAUCGAUCGCAGUGUACCACCGGGCGGUGUACCGGUGUUCGGUGCUGCCAAAGGCUCACCGUGCUUCUGAUCCGAUCGACAGUUGUGACCCAGAGUGGAGUGUGUGACGAGAGAAAAAGGCACAGGGAAAGGAAGCUACACGCGGCAAGAUUGCAAACGCUGGUUGCGAGGUUAUCGUGGAGUGUUGUGUACUGCUCAAGUGACACUGCCAUUAAGUGGGUGUUUGUGUGCGUGCGUGUUGCGUCAGUGAGUGUGUCUUUGUUGCAAGACGCCAUUCGUCGGCUCCAAGAGGUCUCCAAGCGAGGACUCCUCCUCCAAUUCUGACGGAACGGAAAUCCUGUCUUACUGUGCCACAGCAAAUAAGCCCAAGAGAGGGAACGUGUCCUCGUGUGCCUGUGUUUGUAAAAGUUGCGUCGGUUGAAGGUCGCCAGAGGCCAUUAGUGAAGCUCGCCGGAGGAAGCAUGCACGAAAGAGGAUACGCUCGUGACACGGACACGUCAUGCUGAGCCGUAAUACAUGGUGUAAGCUGUGGCGACAGUAUCAGCUCUCGUAGCUGCCAUCGGUGGAUAGCGAUGCGCUUGCACGUAUCAGCCACACCAGGAUGAAUGUAGGACGGAACGUCGCAUCUUCGCGCUGCUGCUACUACUGCUGCUUCUUCUGCCCACUACCAGAGGUCACUAGUAUCGCCGGAUAAGGCGGACGAUGUGUACGAUGUGUCGUUGCUUACCAAUCACGAAGCCUGAAGCUGGCGCUACGCCUAGCCCAGGAUGAGUCUGCAACGUUUGCUGUGUCCACCCUCCUCAGCGUCUUAGCAGCUGUUGAUUAAUUACUGGAAAAAUUAAAUGUCCAACGGCUCGGACAUCCGACAGGGGGCAACCGCAUCCGCUAUCUGGGCAACGAAAUCGAAGACACGACACGCGCUCAUGAAGACACCCAAACGGUCGAGGAAUUAGGUGGCGAAAGCAGAUAAUCUCGACCGUGGCUAAUAAGCACACGGGUCGAGCCCGACAAGCACAAACACAAACAGAGAGAGAAAUACGUCUUGGGAACGUGAUAAGAUCGCGUGUCGCUACAAGCAAAUCAAGACGACCAGAACCCCGCGGCUGGACAGCUAGAAAACUGAAGCUUUUUUGCUAGCGUAUCUAGUUUCAGCCGUGCCCCGUACGUGACGUGACGCUUGACGGCAUUCGCCCGGUUGCUUAAUAUGCUGCAGAUCAAAAUAAAAUCACGUCCACGCACAACGACGGGCCAAAGGAGCACAGCGAGCAACAAGCUACAGUGGCGCCCCGUUUGCCAAUAUUUGCAUGGUGAAGCGGACCGGCCAAUUCGCUAGCUGCGUCCAUCACCUGCUCAAACGCACCAUUUCCGGGAGGGUUUCUUCCAGAUCGUUUUUUUUCUUUUCGGGAAAACAGUGGAAGCAAGAAGCUUCCACACGUAUACACACACGCGUACACUCUUCAAAGAGUCAGCUCACAAUCUGGAUAGGCAAACAGUGCUGGCGUGGACCCGGGGCAGGUGAAUAGGAUAGGUAUAAACAAACUGGUGAGCGUGCGGGUACUCCAAAACCCCGGGAAAUGAAUCUUAUGAAUAACAUGGACUCAGAGAACCGGGUGGUUCUGAACGUUGGCGGCAUACGACACGAGACGUACAAGGCGACACUCAAGAAGAUCCCGGCCACGAGGCUCUCGAGACUGACGGAGGCACUGGGCAACUAUGAUCCCGUCCUGAACGAGUACUUCUUCGAUCGGCACCCGGGGGUGUUUGCGCAAGUACUCAACUACUACCGCACGGGCAAACUGCACUAUCCGACCGAUGUCUGUGGGCCGCUGUUCGAGGAAGAACUAUCCUUCUGGGGACUUGACUCCAAUCAGGUAGAGCCAUGCUGCUGGAUGACGUACACACAGCAUCGGAACACACAAGAAACGUUGGCUGUUUUAGAUAGAUUAGAUUUAGAUACGGAAAAACCGACCGACGAGGAGGUCGCGAAAAAGUUCGGUUUCGAAGACGCUUACAAUAAGGGCAAGGUGAGCUGGUGGCAGCACCUGAAGCCACAGAUCUGGUCACUGUUCGACGAGCCGUACAGUUCCAACGCUGCCAAGAUAAUCGGUAUCAUAUCAGUGUUUUUCAUCUGCGUGUCGAUCAUAUCAUUCUGCCUGAAAACCCACCCGGACAUGCGCGUCCCCUACAUACGGAACAUCACGGUCAAGACGGCCAACCAGAACACGUCCUGGGUGCUGGACAAAACGCAAACGAACGCACACAUCGCGUUCUUCUACAUCGAAUGUGUCUGCAAUGCAUGGUUUACGUUCGAAAUAAUGGUACGCUUUAUAUCGUCGCCAAGUAAGCUAAGGUUCAUCACGUCAUCUGUAAAUAUCAUCGACUACAUCGCCACGCUCAGCUUCUUCAUCGAUCUGAUACUGCAGCGGUUCGCGUCCCAUCUCGAGAACGCGGACAUCCUCGAGUUCUUCUCGAUCAUCCGCAUCAUGCGGCUGUUCAAGCUGACGCGCCACUCGUCCGGGCUGAAGAUUCUGAUCCAAACCUUCCGGGCGUCGGCCAAGGAGCUCACGCUGCUGGUGUUUUUCCUCGUGCUUGGCAUCGUGAUAUUCGCCAGCCUCGUGUACUACGCCGAACGCAUCCAGAUCAAUCCACACAACGACUUCAACAGCAUCCCGCUCGGGCUGUGGUGGGCGCUGGUCACGAUGACCACCGUCGGGUACGGUGACAUGACACCGAAAACGUACAUCGGCAUGUUUGUCGGUGCGCUGUGUGCGUUGGCCGGUGUGUUGACGAUCGCGUUACCCGUGCCCGUCAUCGUGAGCAACUUCACGAUGUACUACUCGCACACGCAGGCACGUGCCAAGCUGCCGAAGCGAAGGAGACGCGUGUGUCCGGUGGAGUUGUCGAGGCCACCGCGGCUGCCAGGUAAUUGUAACACAAGUCAAGCGGGCCCAGGUGUCUGCAACACCGGUUCCGGUAAGCUUCCUUCCUCGAACGCGCCGAGCACGGGCAGCAUGGACCAAGCGAUCCGGCGGAUGAACGCCAAUCGAACCAUAACGAAGGACGUUAUACUGCCGAAGAUGGAAACAAAAGAACCAGUGGGCAACGUUUAAACAGCCGAAGGGACACACCAACAACCGAGAUGGACCGAGCUGGAAGAGCCAGAGCCUGCUUCAAAAGCCCGACUAACCCCUUGUAACGAGCCUGUAACGAACGAGAAGAUGAGCGGCGUGAGCGUUUUACCAGCCGUGGACGCAAUUCCAGGAAGCGGAAACACUUUUCCGCGCACAAUCAAUGCCCGCCGGUAAACGGAUUUGAGCAACACCACUCACCGAUGCAUCUGCCAGGAACGUUUUUCAUUUAAUUAUAGUCGUUGUAUCAAAAACACACACGUGCCACCAACAACGGAUCAGUUUCUUUGGGCCGAGUUUCAUCCCGGUAUUGAGCCGAAAACCCUCGUACGGAAAAGGCCCCCAUCAAAAAAAAAAAACCUUGACCCUCUGGUUGGUCUUUGAUCUUUCGCAUGGUUUUCGAAGAAGCAGGAAAACUUUGCCUUUUCUACACUCGAAAACAAAAACUUCACAUCCUUCGGGCAUCGUACGGGAGUGCUCGCAAAGGAAAGUCCGAGACCGAGGACCUAAGGCAAAAGCUUCGGCUAACUUUGUCUUACUAAGCUGUCCAGCGUGAUCGAACCGGCACCGACAGGACAGGCAAAGACAGGGAAGUUCCAAAUCGUUUAAAAAGACGGUUCUAACCUUCGCUUCCUUUUCCUUUUGUCUCUCGGUCCCAUGUCGGUGUUGAAAUGAUGAAUCGACAGACCAUUCAGUGUGUGCAUGCGUGUCGCACAGCAGGCAUAGUCUGGGAAGUGGAAAAGUUUUUCGCCGUUCUCUCCAAGACGGGUGUUCUUUUGCUCUUUUGGGAUGUUUCGAACUUCAAGCUUGCUGCACCAAAUUUGAAAUCUGGGAUUGGACGAUUAUUGCCUUUUGGAAAAUCCGUCGAAAGAAAGGAAAAAAUCCCAGAAAAGAAAUCUUUUGCACAGACAAAAUGAAGAAUGGACCACGAAAUUCGGUCCGUGUUACACGUGUGUUGGUUUGCUCCAACCAUUCAACUGGUGUGGCUCGAUCCGUUCUAGUCCUUUUCAAGCUGGGAAAAGGAAAAAUAGAAAAGGAUUUUUCCUUCCAGGAUUACAAAGAAACAUGAUUAAUAUAACGUUAUGCUUCUCUUUCGUGUGCCCCUGUUUUCCCGGGAGCUGUUCCAGCUCAUCGAACACACCCUCAAAAAAUGGCAGAUGGUUUGAUGAAAAAUUGGGUUGCCAGCUGUGUGCGAGAAAUGUUUCAACUUCGGUUGCCGGCGAUCAAUGCUGCUCCCGGCUGAGGGGUUCCCUGUAAAUAAUAUGAAUCGACCACAAAAAAAAGCUCUGGAAGGUGAAAGUCGCGAGUGAAAAAAAAAACUAGAAAAACAACACACCCGCCAACCGUAUCCGUAUAACUAGUUAAGUGAAGAAAGCAGCAAAAAGAAAGUAAUAAUAUUACAUAUAAAAAAACAACAAAGGUCAUCCCCAAGGAAGAUGACUCGGAUAAUAGGGUAAAGUUACAACAAACAAAUUGUAUAUUUUAGAAACAAAAGGCAAAUCGAAAAGUGAUAAAAACCCAGUUAUUUCCAAUCGGAAAAGAUGGCGGAUUCGAACGAAGACGGGACGGGAUGGACGGUGAUUGGAAGAACAAAGCGUUCCUUCUUUCUCCCGGAAAAGCACGUCCCUGUUAAAAGCUUCCGUUCUUUUCCUUGCUCUUACUCUCUCUCUCACACACACGCACCCAUGCGCACACACACUACCACUCACUCCACACAUACAUCUUUCCGUGCAAUAAUUGCUCUAUAAUCGUUUGCGCUACUUGCUAAGGUAAACGUUCGUACAAAACUAAAGAAAAAAAAAUCCAGUGACGAGAGAAGAGUAGGUAAAUGAUUUAAAUAAGGUGAACGAUGCCGUACUCCGGGCAUUACGAUUGUAUCUCGUACGAGGAAGACAAAAGUUAUGUAAAUAUUGUUGACCAAAGUAGCUCUCAAGCUUUCUUCAACAAAGGAAUAAUUCGCACACAAGCACCAUCUCUGUGGUAAUUUGUUUCCGGUGUCCGUUUGACUGACUGCAUAUGUGUGUCUGGGAGUGUGCGUUUGAAGAUAGAGCGAGCUCAUUAAAGAUAAAGCUUUUAAAUUGUUUGUUCUUCUGCUGGAAAAUUGCCUCUCUCAAAGCUCAGCGUUUUUCCGUCUCCUAGUGCUCGGCAUCAUUCAACAUUCCUACCGGCGUUAAAAAUCCCACAAAAAUGAAAAGCAAUAGCUAGACGAUCCUUAAGAGAGAGGAAGCAACAACACACAUUCGUCCUUUCGAUGACGAUGGCACUUUCCCGGCUUCUCCCGGCAGCAUUCCAAUUCCGGGCGUAAAUUAAACAACAAAUCUAACUACCAAUGGGACCAAACGGGGGAAAACCGGCACAGCACACACACACACACACUCUCAAGCUGUUCUUUGCAUCCUCACCCGCGCCUAAAGUGGACGUGAACGGGAAAAAGUUUUCGGCCCCCAAAAGCCGAUAAAAGCUUGACCCAAAGCUUUUCCCGCAUCAGUGUGUGUGGGUGCGUGUGAUGGAAGGAGCAUGGACAUUUGCAUGUUUAUAACGGGAAAUGAAUUUGUUAUGAAGCUUCCCGCCCCGGAAAACCUCAACCAACGGACUGCCUCUGCUGGUGGCUACAGUUGCCCGUGGUUUGGAGAUGGGUUGGUGAGCUGUUGGUGAAAAAGUUAACCAUCUCACCACACACAAACACACUCGAAGGCACCGGUGAUAGUGGCUGGAUGGAAACUGAUUGCCUUGGACGCAUCGCUCUGGACGUGUCUGUAUUGGGUUUUCUGCUUCUUUUUUCUUGUGCCGUGAAAUGCGGUUGAAAGACAAACUAGAAAACAUGUUUGUGUUUUGCAAUGUUAAUUUGCAUUUUAAUACGUUUCCAAUGAAACAUGCAACCACGGGGCCGGUUUUUGUUUACAAUCUAAAAACAAUUUUAUUUCGAAAUAUCGUCAUCAUGUUACAGGAAUAGCAUUUUUUGACAUAGGAUUGCAUACAUGUUGGCGUUUCACUAUUGAACUGUGAUUUAAUGGUUCAAUUUUUAAGUUUUGCUUAGUUUCAGAGCUCAUCAUCAGAAAGUUAAGUUAAUGCUAAGUUUAUAAAGAUUUUGAGACUUGGAAAAUGCAGAUUUGCCUUUCCAUGUAAGCUGUCCACUUGGUUUGAAAAGUAUUCAAAUAUCACUUACAGUAUAGAAAUACCACUUUUUGGUACAAUAUUUAUGAGUAAACCGAUAGGAAAAAUCCAACGCAUGUUAAAAUAAUCCUUAACUCAGAAGAAACAUUUUUCUUCACAUUUGAAAAUGAACGGUUUCACUUCUUAGAGAAACCGCCUGAAUGUAUGCAAUCUGAAUAGAAGUUGCUCACAACCAUGUUCAUCAACACCUUUCUUUGGCUACAUUAUCUUACUUUUGGUGGCUAUGUUAUAUUUUUGAUUUUCUUGAAUAAUUUUCCAAAGUUUCUAACAAUUUCUAUUUUCAUAUAUAAUCAUUAAGAGCUUCCUCAUAAAAAUGUUUCUCACUUAAUCAGUUUCGGUAGGCCAUUUCGGUAGCAGAAACUUUUCCUACUUCAAUCAACCCAUAGCGUUGUAGCUGUUGCUCUCCAUGCUCAACAAAUGUCACCUUCCUAAUCGCAAGCCUAGUUGGCCUAGCCUAGCAAAAGAAACACGGUCACACACUUUACUUGCUGCUCUUCGCCUAACCUUUCAGGGCAGGCAUGAUCUUCUCGAUCCAAUCAUACGUCCAAAAGUGGUACUUUCUCACCCUAUCAGCAAUCGUUCAAGCGUUCUCCAGCUACGUGACGCACUUGACUAUGCGUCACUUGCUGUCACGAAGUGUUCCGGCGUCUUUUUUGUUCCUUAUUGAUUCGUUUUUAGCUUCGUCUUUAGUUUUUCCCGUGUCAGGCGUGCAUCACCUACCAACACACUGUAUCGAUCCCUUAUCAUUGACACCACCAACUUUUCCGGCAUCGAAAGCUGUCGUUCAUCGUUUUUCACCUCCUUAAUCAAAUUCCACCCAGCUCCAAAGGGGAAAGGGUCCAUGCAGUUUGGCAUUUUUUUCUCUCUUGUCGGCUUCCCUUUUCGUUGUGCGAUCAAAACAUUUCCAAACAACGAAAUUGUCUGUUGUGAAAGAAACAUGGCAACAAAAGUGUACUUUAGUGUUUUUUGAGGAACACCACGAGAGAGAAUAGGUAAAGACAAUAGGAAGGGUGUGUGAGUGGAUAACCGUAAAGUGGUAAACAUUUCUUACCCCCUAGUACAAGCACAAGGUGAAAAGAAUUGGAAAACUUUUGGUGAUCCACCCGCACACACACACACGUUCGCAACUUCCGCCCAUUGACCUACUUCAGUGCGGCCUCUUUUCCGGCUGGUCUUUCAUCGAAAACCAGUUGAACGUUCGGGAUCGGAGCUUAAACUUUUAGGACACGGCGGGCCAGAACUCAUUGUAUGUGUGAGUGUGUGCUGUGUUUGUUUUCGAAGGACCUUCAUCGGGGAAGGUGUGUUUUUGUUUCUCUUUUCGUAACUCAUUUUAUUCUGCAUUUUAUAGCAAACAGCUUCGAGAAGAAUGUGGGCUGUCGUCUUUCUUACUCGAUGAAAGAAGAAAAAAUGGUAAAAUAAUAAAAGUCUUCGUUUGACGCUUUUUGAGAGGAUCAUAAGAAACAGUACGCUUUUUUGUGUGAGGUGAUUUAAAACGUACGCAUUGUGGAAAAAUUCUUAGAUGGCUCAAGACGUAGUUUUGUUUUCCUGGCGAGAAAAUAAAAAAAAUGAGCAACAACUGCAAACAUAUGGGACACACAAUCAACCCCACUCGGAACAGAGAGACUGGAUGGUGACUCCCGCCGCCACAAACACAAACAAAAGGUGUAAGAAUGUAAGGAAAGAAGUCAACAACAAAAAACUCGAAACCUUACGCUCUCGAAACACGCGUGACACAGAACUCGUUCAGGAGUGGGUAGCAAGCAAGCAAGCGUGCUGACUUUAUGAGCACAAUCAAUGGGCCGGAAAAUUUAUGCAAAUAAGCACUGGCAUCCCCAGCACUUUUCAGUCGUGGUGGUUUACCUUUUUUACUGCCUCUAUUUGUCACCGUGGGGUUGUUUGUUGUUCCUUUUUUUCGUUGAGACACAUCGCACACAGCUGGGGUUGAUGGUUGCACAUAAUCGGCGAGACACAUUUUCCACCCUAGUAUCGGUGUAGAAAGUGGUUUUUGUAUGGUUAAAUGAUUCUGAUAACAUAAAGUGAUAAUUUUUAAAAUGGUUUAACAAAAUCCGCUGUUAAAAGACCCAUGCUGGUUUAUUGGUUUCCAGUACAAAAUCAACUACUAAUGCUGUAAUGGAGACGCCUGGUGCUUUGUGUUAAAGUAGUCAUGUGGUCGUAAAUGACACAACAAGCCAUAUCGGUAUUUUUAAGUGAAAAAGGUUCAUUUAAGUUGAGCUUAUCAGUUUUCAACACAGAAAACCCCCAUGCAGAUUUUCCGCUUUGUUGUGAUAAAAUUGAAAAUCUACCACAUGAUGGAGACGCCUGGUGCGCCGUUACACUUUCGAUGGAGGCAAUAAUGGUGCUCCACAAUCAAAACGAAAAACAAAAACCACUCCCCUGACACGGCAUAUGAGCAAAAUCAGACACCAUUACGAGCACAAUGCAACAGAUGGAAUGAAUAGCUCAACCAUUGUACGUGCUGGUUGAAUGUUGAACAGCGUGGAAUACACUCGGGAAGGGCCGCUUUUCAUCUUAAUCAUUUCUUUCAAACAGUGCUCUUGACAAACGGCACAAAGCAAAGUUUUGUUUUCUACAGGCAGUCCUUUAACCGCCCUCACUCUUUCGGCACAGAGCAGCGCGAUAAGGACGAACGGAACCUGCUCACUCAAUGCCAAAGUGUUUGCUGAUUGAUUGAGGCCAGACCUAAGAGUAGCAGCUGCUACUGCUGCCGCUGUUGUUGGGUACAAUCAUUUCUGAAUACCUCGACAGGAAAGAAAUGGCAAUGGUGAUAAUCAUGUGUUAAUGUGGCCCACCUAUGCCUUGCAGAAGUUACAGCUAGCUAGCUUGAAAGCAGGCAUGGUUUCGACCUCUUUAAGCACGACAGGGUGAACAAGCAGGUGAUUCAUAAUCGGUCAUUUUGAGGGUGUGUGUGUGUCUGUGUGCUGGUAUCAGAUUGAACGUCUGGAGAUAAGUGAUGGCUCUUUUAUUCGUCAUAAUCAUUUCCAGCCAGUGUGUGUGUACCGUGUGUAGUCCUUCUCUUGUGGUUACCCUUCACAUUGCUUCUCAUCUAGCACCUUGAAGAGCACAAUCGACGGCUGUUGGGUCGUUGGUUCAAAACAUCACGCUACAAGUAGCACUACUUCUCACUUUUAUUGAACUGUGAUUUAUAUUAAGCAACCAUUGUCAUAUGUCGCUCGCUGCAAGCAUUAUGUUCUAUGACAUAAAUACAAAGGAAACUGUACAUAACUAUCAUAGAAAUUCAAAUACAUGCUGAUGUAUGAGUUUGUGUGUGACAGUCGAUGAAACACUACAAUUAUCUUAAAACAUAACAGACUACAACACUGUUUAUCCGAUCGCGUACCGCUUUAACAAAGAAUAGCAACAACACAUACCACAUCACAUAGCUACUCACAUUAAAGGAAGAGAAACUAAAUUUCCAAACGAUGAAAAAAAACAAAGAGUAAGGAGUAAAAAUAGUUUCAUUAACGUACCUUUGAACGCUAGCGACACGUAACUCACCAACAACAACCCAGAAGCAAGCAAGCACAACAUACGAGCAUAAAGGAGCAACAAUCGUUAAUGCAAUAUGAUAUUUAUAAUGCAUCUUAAUGGUAGCUCCAAAUUGGUAGCUAUGGUUCAUUUUAAUGCGUAACAUAUUCUUCUCUCGAUGUAAGUGAACGUGAAGCGCAAAACGAUUCGUGGGAAACAAAAAUAAUAACUGAAGAAGAAGAAGAAAACAAGCAAACUUAAAUACAUUAAACUGUAACACUAUAAACGAAUAAGUAUUGUAACAUCCAAAAAUAUCAAACGAAAAAGAGGUGAAAGAAGAGUUGGAAAUGCAAAUGGAUAAAGUAUAUUUGUACAAGCAAGCAAGUUAAGGUGAGCAGCAAACAGACUAGAGAGCAAAUUCGAACAAAGAUGCUCAUGGAAUGCGAGGGCACAUUCGAUAGGAAACAACAACCAAACAAACAAACAAAAAACCCAUAAACAAUAAACACAAAGCAAAAGUAAUAUUUAACACACUCAUCGCUAAUAAUAUGCAUUUGAUAAACGAUAAAGGAUACAAGUUGUAAACAUUUUUUUGUAUUGCGUUACCUAGACAUUGAUAUAUCGGUAUGUAAAGGGAAGGAACUGGAUAAGACAAAACAAUCUAGAAAGAGUGUCUUGCAAAAGGGAAAGAGUGUUUAGCAUAUGUGGAACAAAUAGAACAAAUGUAAAUAAAGAGUAAGCACAAACGAACAGCUGAGACAAGCUUGUGGGGGGAAACGGAAGACAGAGAUGAGUAAAGUACACAAUCCAUACAAAAAAAAAUAACACGCACACUAGCUAAACGUGUUUUUGUGUUCUUGGUUUUUCCGUAUUCGGUUUUACUUCUAGAAAAGUAAAAUAAGACAAAAAACGUUUUUAAACAAAAGUGUUACAAAAUGAUAUCAGCUUGCUAAAUAAAACAAAACAAAACAACUAUUUAAACCUUAAUUCGCUAAUCGUAAAACAUUUAAAUCAACAGAGUUACAAAAUGCGAAUAAAAAUCGAAGCAUCGAGCAAGGACCGGGGACAAACUAGAAUAUGCAAUAAGAGGAAAGGGGGAACAGAGGGUAUUCGGUGGUUUCUCGGAGGAUGAGAAAAAACAGAAAAAAAUGCACAAAUAAAUCGAAUGUAUCACAACCUAUUCAGCAACAAGACCCAAAAACAAAAGGCCGAGGUCCAAAAGUAACAAAUGAAAGAAAGCAAAGGAAGCAGAAAAAACAAGAAAACGAACAAAAUGAAUAAAUAUUUUAAAAAGCAUUAAACAACUCACAACUGCAGAAUGAAAAAUGCUACAAAAGAAGGUAAAUAGGAACAUACUGACAAGAAAUUAAAAAUCCGUUGUACAACCCACAAAACCACUAACAAGGAAAAACUGAUACCCGAAAAAGAAAAA